UUUUGUUUCCGCCUAACUUGCGAGUUCAAAGGUUUGAACUCAGGAACAGAGUGGGAAAGAGGAGAGAGAAGAAAUGGAGGCGAAAAGUCCAUCUGAUUGUCCAAACACAGUCACCGUCCGGCGAAACCCUCACAGAAGAGCGAGGCCUACACCUUCUGCUUCCAUAAACCCUAAUCCCAAUGCUCAAAAUCCAAAUAUGAAAAGAGAAAUCUCUUCAUUCCCAAUUCAAGACAUUCUUGCAAUGGAAAUCCCUCAAAAGAACCCACCAGAACCACCAGCACCUGCUACCUCAGAAGACCUUAAAGUUUAUCUUAGAAUUCGACCCAUUGUUACGCUUAAGCCAAACACCAAAGAUCAAAAAAAUUUUAGGCAAAGACAGAAAAACGCUUGGCCUCAAAACCCUUCAUCCAAAAACAAUAGUGCGAACGUGAAGAAAAACACCACCACCACCACCACCACCAGUAGUAGUAAUGAGGUUUGUAUAGAUGUCAAUGAUUCUCAUUCGGUUACUCUAUCACCACCUGCAUCCUUACAAGACUCUAAAAGAAUUAAAUCCGAGGUUUAUGAAGGAUUUUCUCAUGUUUUUGCCUCCGAUUCCACUCAGAAUGAGGUGUUUGAGAAGAUGGUGAAGCCAUUAGUGGAUGAUUUUCUUAAUGGAAAAAGUGGACUGUUAGCUGCAUUAGGUCCAAGUGGUUCAGGGAAGACUCAUACAGUUUUUGGGACUCCUAGGGAGCCUGGGAUGGUUCAUCUAGCACUAAAACAGAUUUUUAAGGAGGCUCAGCAAUGUGGUUCUAAGUUGACAAGGGAAUUCAAAGUAUCUGUUUUUGAAAUAUAUUCAGAUCGAGGUAAGGGAGAGAAAAUCUCUGACUUAUCCCCAGAUGGAGGUGAUUUGUCUAUGCAACAGGCUACCAUUAAAGGUCUCCAAGAGGUUGCCAUUUCUAGUGCUGCACAGGCAGAAUCCUUGAUAGCUUGUGCAAUGUUGAAACGCACAACAGCCAUGACCAAUACGAAUAGCCAAUCAAGCCGGUCACAGUGUAUCAUUAACAUCCACAGUUUUGUCAGAGAUCCAGAUGUUGAACCAAACAAUGCUGUCCUUACCAUUGUUGAUCUCGCUGGAGCAGAGCGCGAAAAGAGAACUGGCAAUCAGGGGUCAAGAUUGAUCGAAAGUAAUUUCAUCAAUAAUACAUCAAUGGUUUUUGGCCUAUGUCUUAGAUCACUAUUGGAGCACCAGAGUAAUCCCAAGAAACCAUUAAAGAUGCACUUCAAGAACUCCAUGUUGACUCGGUAUCUACGAGAUUAUCUAGAAGGAAAAAGAAGAAUGACUUUGAUAUUAACAGUAAAACCAGGAGAACAUGACUAUUCCGAUACAUCCUACUUAUUAAGACAAGCUUCUCCUUUUAUGAAAAUCAAGUUCACUAAUGUUGAGGAACCAUCUACGUUUCUUAACAAGAGGCACAUUGAAAUGUUGCCUAGAGUUGAACAAGCAAAAAAAAUGAAAUGUAGUGGACGUUAUGCAAAGACCGAGGAAGGAAAAAGUGUUAGAGAUGAACACCCACUGUUGCCAAAAGUUACCAAAAGAAUCUACACAUCGGACUCUGUUUGUGCUGCUCUAGUCAAGCCUGACUCUAUUGAUUUGCCAAGGGAGAGAAACCAUCAAGUCAUGCAAAAUUUUGCGAAAGCUUUAUGGAAUGUCUUGAAGCAAUAUAAAGAAAAACUCAUGGUGGCAGAAAAGGAAAUCCAAGGUCUCAAUGAGGUUAUUGGAAAUGAAAAGACAAGAUAUCUUAAGCUAGAAAAGGAGCUCAAGGAUUUUAAAUCAUACUGUUCUUGCUCCAUGGAAAACUCAACGCUGUCCACCUUGGUUAACAUAGAUACCAAGAGCAAAGCCCCAGACCCCAGGUGUCAUAAUGACUUUGAACCGGGAAAUGAUCAAGAUGUAUUUACUGAGGCACCUGAAUGCAGUACAACUCAAAAAUUUGAUGGUACCCCUGGGCAUGAUCAAAAUAUAAUUUUUGAGAUAGAGGAGAGUGCUCAUUUUCUGAACCUUAAGGCAUCUGAAUGCGAUGGUUCUCCAAGAAAGGAUCGAGAGGCAUCUCCUAAAAAAUGUGACUCCACCCCAAUACAGGAUCAAAAUGUAAUUUAUGAGAUAAAGGAGAAAGAUCAUUUUCUAAACCUCAAGGCAUUUGAAUGCAAUGGUUCUUCAAGAAAGGAUCAAUGUGCAACUAAAAAAUACGAUUACACCCCAGGACAUGAUCAACAUGUAUUUUUUCAGAUAGAGGAGAAAGAUCAUUUUCUAAAUCUCAAGGCAUCUGAAUGCAAUGGUUCUCCAAGAAAGGAUCGAGGUGCAACUAAAAAUUACGAUUACACCCCAGGAAAUGAUCAAUAUGUAUUUUCUCAGAUGGAGGAGCAUGUUCAUUCUCUAAACCUUAGGGCAUCUGAAUGCGAUGGUUCUCCGAAAAAGUAUCAGGAUGUUGUUACUAAGAAAUCUUUGGAUCCAUCUGUUUCACCCAAAGAUGUCGCAUCCACUCAAAAGUGCAACCUUGAUGUGCCAGAAAGUGAAUUAUUGUCAGAUAGUUCUUGCAAACCAUUGAAUGUUUUGAAACCAAAAAGGAGACUGUUGCCUGCCUCUUCUACAUUACUGAGGGAUAUCCCUUUGGGCAUUGAGGAUGAAUCUGAGAAGCCAAAAGGAAAUAGAGGUGCGAAGAAAUCGGCAGCAGAUGAAACAAAAAGAACUCAGGGCAGCAUCUCCCUCUUGCGUUUGCUUCAAAGCAAUCUUCAUGUCUAGCAUUAGCUGCUGCAUCUAGAAAGAUUGCCUUUUGGUCAUAUUUUGUUUUGUUUUGGGUUCCAACAAAAAUUAAAGUAAAAUAGUUGAUUAUACAGCAAUUUGUAUAGAAAAUGCAAGUAAAUAUAAGUUGCUGGAAGAAGGAAUGUAAGCUUUUGUUGCGAAGUUGAGGCUCUGAGUAACCUUUUGGGUUUGUCUAGUUUCUAAUCAAAGAACGAGGGCUUUAUAAACAGAAUGCUGCAUUGUAGUAGGCCUGGAUUCUUGUUUGUUCAUUGCCUUGCGGAAAUGUUGUAUGCCGCUAAUCUUGAAGUUGUUCAUAUAGAAUGAGUCUCGGAUCGUUUGUAAUGGAGAUGUAUUUUAGCUGAUUUCUUUCUUGAUGGCUGAACUUUAAAUGGAUGACUUUCGAUUUUUA